CAUGUUAUUGACGGGGAGAGGAGCGGAGGUGACAGACCUGUAACCAUGGAGAAAUAAACUGCAGGCUCCUCUUCCCCUGAAAUAAAAAGAAAAUAGUAAAAAAAAGUACUUCUCGAGCAGGACUAUAUGUGUGAAUACGGAUACGAGUGUGAAUCAUGCCGUGCACGCACAGAAGAAUCUGAAAGCGUCUGCCGUUAAAGAUGUCCGCAGAGCAGCAACGCGACAGGAUGAUGCGGGCGGAUAUGGAACGGCUGUCCCGGGAGCUGGCCGAGACCACGAAGGAGAAGAUCCAGGCGGCGGAGUACGGCCUGGUAGUGCUUGAGGAGAAACAGCAGCUCAAGCAGCAGUACGAUGAGUUGGAGGCGGAAUAUGAGAGCGUCCGCCAAGAGCUCGAGCAGCUGCGAGAGGCGUUUGGACAGGCUCACUCCAACCACAGGAAGGUGGCGGCGGAUGGCGAGAGCCGAGAGGAAUCACUCAUCCAGGAGUCGGCGUGUAAGGAGGCGUAUUACGAGCAGCGCAUGCAGGAGCUGCUGGCAGAACUGCGGCAGGCACGGAACAUCCUGACCAACACCCAAUCAGAGAACGAGCGCCUGUCCACCAUCACUCAGGAGCUGAGAGAGAACAGUCAGAUGGUGGAGCUGCAGAGGUCACGUCUGCGUGAUGACAUCAAAGAGUUCAAGUUCCGUGAAUCUCGACUGCUGCAGGACUACAGUGAACUGGAGGAGGAGAACAUCACCCUGCAGAAACAUGUGUCUGUCCUGAAACAGAGCCAGGUGGAGUUUGAGGGUCUGAAGCAUGAAAUUCGUCGUCUGGAGGAAGACACCCAGUUUCUGAACAGUCAGUUGGAAGACGCCAUCCGCCUGAAGGAGAUCGCCGAGAGACAACUCGGAGAAGCACUUGAGACCAUCAAGACUGAGAGAGAGCAGAAGGCCGCUUUGAGGAAGGAGUUGUCUCAGUAUAUGAGAAUCGGGGACUCGAUGUACCACAGUCCUUUGAGUAUCUCCCUCGAUGGAUUGAAGUUUAGUGAUGACACGUCAGUCGAGCCUAACAAUGAUGAACCCAUCCACGGCUACGAGAACACUUUUGACAAGAUCACCAAUGGCGAUGACAACCGCGUUUCCACGCCCAAAAAAGGAGAGCUGUUCCACCCCUCCUCCAGCCUUGUGGACAAUCUACUGAGUGAACUCAACAUCUCUGAGAUACAGAAACUAAAACAACAACUGCUGCAGGUGGAGCGAGAGAAGGUGACGCUACUGUCUACGCUGCAGGAUUCUCAGAAGCAGCUUGAGCAGGCUCAUGGAGCGCUAUCUGAGCAACACGAGAAGGUCAGCCGUCUCACCGAGAACCUCAGUGUUAUGCGUAAGCUCCAGGCCAACAAAGAGCGCCAGUCCGCUCUGGACAAUGAGAAAGAGCGCGACAGCCAUGAGGAUAGUGACUACUAUGAGGUGGACAUCAACGGCCCCGAGAUCCUGGAGUGCAAGUACAAGGUUGCUGUGUCCGAGGCAAGUCAACUGAAGGAGGAGCUUAAAACACUGAAGACGGAGCAUUCAGCCUGUCAAUCACAGUACAAGGAGCAUCGGGUGCAGCUGGAUAGCCAGGUGGCAUCUCUGAGUGCUCAGGUCACUUCUUUGGAGCACAGCAGCCGAGUGGACCGCGAGCAACUGGCACGACUCGAAAAAGAGCUUCGUCAAGCCAGCGAAGUGGCGGGCGAAUCCCAGGGCAGCCUUAACGUAGCACAAGACGAGCUGGCCACCUUUAGCGAAGAGCUCGCCAACCUGUAUCACCACGUUUGCAUGUGCAACAACGAAACGCCAAACCGCAUCAUGCUUGACUACUACCGUGAAGGUAAAGCCGGAGUUAACGGGACGCAAAUCACAGGUCGGGCUAGCCCUGAAGGUCGCGGCCGCCGAUCUCCCAUCCUGCUAACGCGGGGUCUGUUUCCUGCUGCCGAUGGCAGCGAUGGAGCUUCUUCUCCGGUCUACUCCAUUCCGUCCCCAACGGCUGAUCCUCGCAAGGAGCCCAUGAACAUCUAUAACCUGGUGGCCAUCAUCCGGGACCAAAUCAGGCACCUGCAGCUGGCUGUUGACCGCACGACGGAGCUCUCGCGCCAGCGCAUGGCAUCUCUGGAAUUGGGUCUUGGGUCUGACCGAGAACAGGAGGCCAGUAUGGAGGAGAUUCUUAAGCUCAAAUCGCUCCUCAGCACCAAGAGGGAGCAGAUCGCUACACUGAGAACCGUCCUGAAGGCAAACAAACAGACUGCUGAAGUGGCGCUGGCCAACCUGAAGAGCAAGUAUGAGAAUGAGAAGGCCAUGGUGACUGAAACCAUGAUGAAGCUUCGCAACGAGCUCAAAGCUCUGAAAGAGGAUGCCGCCACCUUCUCCUCACUCAGAGCCAUGUUUGCCACUCGCUGUGACGAGUACGUCAUUCAGUUGGAUGAGAUGCAGCGUCAGCUGGCAGCCGCAGAGGACGAGAAGAAGACGCUGAACUCUCUCCUCCGUAUGGCCAUUCAACAGAAGCUGGCACUCACGCAGCGACUAGAAGACCUAGAGUUCGACCAUGAGCAGACCCGCCGGGGCGGAGCAAACGGCCGCGCCAGGGUCGCCUCCUCACGUGGGAGAUCUGUCCUCAACUCCACCCACUCCCACGUAAGUCACGCCACCACCACCACCUGCGGGGGUCGCGGCGAGCCCAACGGCCACGUGGGAAUGCCGGUGGUCUUCUGCAGCGAAAAGUACAAGAUCUACUGCGACUGAAGCCGUUGCUUUGAUAGCUGACUGUACAGAGCUCUACUCACGCGCUCUUGCUUGCUGUGUGCUAACCCAUAUGAUGUGUUCAAGUUUUGGGCAGAAAACGGUCACGCCUGCCAGCGUUCUAUUAGCCAGCAGAAUGAAGAUGCUGUAGAGCUUGCUGAGGGCAGAAUGAUAGCGUUUAGUCUUAAAGGUUCACAGGGAGGACUGCUUGUCUUCUUGUGGUAUUAUGGUGCUUAAAGGAAUAUUCCGGGUUCAAUAAAAGUUAAACUCAGUCGACAGCAUUUGUGGCAUAAUGUUGAUUACCUCAAAACUUAAUGUCGACAUUGUCCGUCCUUUUCUUAAAAAAAAAAAAAAAAAGCAAAAAUCAAGGUUACAGUGAGGCACUUACAAUAGAAGUCAAUGGGGCAAAAUUUGGAAGGUUUAAAUGCAAACCCGGAAUAUUCCUUUAAAGCAGCUUCGCAUGUGGGUGUGUACGUGUUCUUAGAUUUGACCAAUAUAUGUGCUAGAUAGAGAACGCUUUGAAGGCCGAUAGCUGUUUGCCCUCUCUCUUUCAAAAGAUUGUUUCCUCUGACCUUUGUCCCAGGAGAAGAAAACUGCAUGAACCAGCUAAAGGUGAUCUUACUAAACUAGCCUGACAAGUUUAAUGGCCAGCUAAGUCAGGCAAACCACCUUAGGAUGGUUCAAGCUGUUUUUCAAGCGGGCAUCUCUCUCUUGCCUCUGAAAUGUGCAGCCCGUCCAAUCAGGUCACGUGUAUCCACAUGACAGAUCAAAAUAAAUAUGCAAAGUUUAUCCCUGCCUUAUUGACGUGCAGGAAAACUCAUUGAAUCUUGCCAUUCUGUGUAGCAAGAAUUCAGAAACAGAAUUUGACGGGUUUGGCCCAUGAGUGAGUGUUUUGAGGGAUGUCACUCAUGAGGAGGCAGGCGGGAACGCACAUGGUCCAUUCAUAAGCAUGCGCCAGGAAGCCAACCAGUUGCUGGCCCGUUUUUCAGUUUGCAAUUGCUUAUAGAUGUGUGGCUGCAAAACUAUUUCUGAGAGCUUUAACAUGUUCCACUCUUGAUUUUAUGUACUCGAGCACACUUGACACAGGGCUUAAUACGACAGCAUUUGAAGUCAUGUGAAGGGCUUUACUCGUUGAUGUCAUAAUUCACUCUAGUCUGUGUAUUCGCGUGUAGAACAAACCGUGGAGGAGCCUUGUGUGACGUGACUCUCAUGUCAAGACAACACAUAUCAUGACAUCUCUUUUUGUCAAACACACAAUGGGAGUCCUUAGUAUGAUAUGAAGUCACCUUCAACACCAUAUAGAAAACAUAUUAAGUCAUGUUCAAAAGAUAGUAAGGUCUAUUCCCAUAUGGUCUAGUGGUUAGGAUUCCUGCUUUUUACGCAGGCAGCCCGGGUUCGACUCCUGGUAUGGGAAGCAGAGUCCAGUGUCUUUCCUAAUACAUUAAUCACCAAUCAGAUGAAAUCCAUUUCACCCAUUAUUUUCAAUUACUGACAAUUUUAUGAAAUCAAAUGAGAUUUUUUCAGGGAUUACUGAGAAUAUUCCGGGUUCAAUACAAGAUAAGUCUCACUGGAACACACAUUUGUCCUUUUUUUUUAAGAAAAGGAGGAACGAGAUGAAAUCAUUUUUGGUUGAUAUGAACAUUUUGCCACAAAUGCUGUCGAUUGAGCUGAAUUGUAUUUAAUCCGGAAUAUUCCUUUAACUAGGUCUGGUGGUUUUGGUAUCUCGAUCUGAUCUGGUGCUUUACUUCAUCAAUAAGCUUUGUAUAUUUGUAUUUUGUUUUUCAUACUCGAUGAUUUUGAUUUACAUUAGGUAUUUCCUGCCUUGUCAUUGAUGGAAUCGGUGAAAUGUAAAAUGUGACUGAUUUUAGAAAGUAUUACUAAUGAACAGGUGAUGAGUUGGACUAGUUAUAGUAAAUGUCAGUACGCCACCAAGGAGGCGUAGAUAAAUUCAUAUUUCACUGUUUGCAACCUUUACUACACAGCCUUUUAUAGUCCAACCUGACAAACUGUUUGUUUUGGGGAAACUAAUUGUAAUAAUUUGGGCUGAGGACUUUUAGUGCUUUUGAGAUCCUGUUUUCCUACAUUUAACUUCCUGUACAUUAAUCUUCUGCGCUAACAUAACAUUGGCUGUUUGGCUUCUGGUGACUAACCCAGUUUUACAUUUGAUUUGAGCAACAAAUAAUUUUCUAGGUGCUUGACUGCACCUACCAUGUUCAGAUGGAAGGCUUUAACAAUAAUGCCAACUGUUAUUAUUUUUUUCAUUUUUGUGUUUGUUUUCUCUAAUUUGCAGUAACAUUCAGUCGGGGAAUUCAACAUUCCACCGGUGCCCACAAAUUCAGUGUCCAAAACGGCUAAAGUUGAACUCCCAUGGACUUACAAAACACACUGGAUGACCAUUAACGUGGUUCUUUUUUAAUUCUUGGAAACUGAAAACUUUUAUAGUUGUUAUACAGCUGCAGCAGGUUAUUUUAAGUGCAUCUGGACUUUUGAAGAAAAGUUUCGAUUAAUUAAGUCGGAAGCCAGAGUUCACAAAUCUUGGAAACUUCAACUCAAAAUUUUAAUGGUUUAAAAGAAAAAUGGCUUGAUUUCCUCAAAACAUCCAUCAGUUUGUCUUGGGUUUUGUAACCUUUUAAUAUAUGGUUGUAUUGUUUUUAUGUUAACAUUUAUUUUAUUAACCUAGUUUGGUGUUUUGGAGUCGGUAUUUUCCACAGUAUUGGAUCUCUUUGUAAGCAGAGGUCAAUAUCAAACCAUUACUGUCUCUGUUAUGAAAUUCAUCCACAAGUAUCCUAUAUUACUCCUCUGUGUUACUCAUAAUUUGUUUCGAUUUUUUGCAUUCAUUUUACUGCCAUGUUUGAAACCAAAUCCCAGGGGGUCACAUGCUGGGCUUUUGUCGAUUUAUUAUUCUUAGGAAUAGUUCAAAGGGAACAUUUACAAACUUGAUGACAUUGUGGCUUAAUCUGAUACAGAAGGCUUUGGAAAAACCAGCAAAAUAAUUGAAUUCCAAUUGAAAUUCAAGCUCAAGCUUUACACGGAUCACUGACCUUCAGCAUUCUGUACAAGAGUAAAUGAAUAAUUCCAAAUUGGAAUGCUGUAAUUCUCUCUAUUUAUUGUGCCAAGUGUCGGUACACCGUCUGGGUUGUUGAAAAGGAUCAGAAGCGUUAAGAAGCAGAGGGUGUAGCCCGAGACAUUUACCUUACACUCCAUUUGGUUUGUUUUCGUUUCUGCUUUUCAUUCUGACCAUUAGUGCCUUUUAUUAUUUCAAGAGAGAAUCCUAGCUUUUUAGCUUUUUGUAGUUCCCUUUUCCCACUCCUUACGAAAGAUCAACGGAUGAGGAUGUCUGGUUUGAAACUGAACGGCAGCAAUAAGCGCAGAAGACAUUCGUUCUGUUCCGUAAGAGUGCAAAGAUGAUAUUACAGUUAGUGAAAUUAAACCGAGAUUGUAUCGAAUUCUUCAGGUCAGCGGUCCUAAUGGCAAAUUCAGGGGUUUUAGCAAAAGUGAUUUUUUUCAAAAGCCAGAGUUAUCCUUCUUUGCCUCAUUAUGAACAAAAGUGUGAGACACAAAACACGUGUGGUGUUUUGGUGUUGGAGACUGGUGUUAUUUAGUUUAAGUGGCAUUGAUAGGAUUGUUGACACUUGUGAGAAAGCGUUUGUCCUCUUUCUGUCCAAUUAUUUUGUUUCAUUUUUAUAUAUAUAAUCUUGAAUAUUUUUGACACGGUUAAAUAAGCAUUACGAUUUCAGGAAACAGAAAACAUUUUGCAUCAACAAGCAAACGGUGCGAGUCGCAUCUUGUUUGUUGAGGCAUAAAAUGAAUAAAUACAGUUGCAAGCGAGGAAAAAAAUGAACUAAGUGCAAUUUUAAAAACGAUUUACUUGAUAAAUGAAGUUUUCUGUUUGCUGGAAGUGAUAGCAUUGUGAUAUUCUACUAGCUGUGGAAGACUUAUUAUUGUGUUCCAGUAUUGAUCUAUACGGGAAGUUUGAUACCUUAAUAUAAAAUAACCACUUCAUCCAUAUGUUUGUAUUUAUUUGAAAUGUCGUGCAGAACUUUAUAAUGUGCAUUAUUAUGUCAUAUGCAUGUUUUUCCUCAGUCAUGGGACUUUUACACAGAACUGAAGACAAACUUUACAACUCCAAAGAAUUGGAAGACAAAACGAGAAUGGGGCAGAAAUGUUUAGAUUUAUAUGGUAUAUUACUGCUAAACUAAUCAAGCUUAAAGCAUUGUUCACUCUGUCUGUGUAGAGGUAGUCAUGCUGGUUAAAAUCAAUAAAAACAAAUAAAA